AUGCUCUUUCUCAGGACACCUCGAGUACUUCACUCACGAGUCGCGACAUGUCUUCUUCUCAACCGAAAAGUGCCUACCGUCGCCAUUCGAUGCCGUGGCUAUUCUGGUCGCGCGGAAUCAGCUGAACAGUUGCACAAAGUUCUGAUCAACUCCAGCGAUGAAAGUCUUGAUCGAUCCUUCAACAUCCUGAUGUCAAUCUUGAAAGAACCUUCCUUGGGUCAGAAUAUUCGCGAAAUUGUGUAUCACAAGACCCCGCGCACUGACGUGGAGUACGAGAUGGGAGAAUUCCAACGCCAUCUGAGCGAUCAGGACAUGCAGCUUAUCCAAACCGCCGUGCGGAAAGCCGGGUUCAGAGACCAGAAGGCCGACCGUGUCGUCAAUAUGCUGAUGCAGAAGACUGCAUCAAGCAAUCAGAAAGGCACAUAUGGCCCUCUUGGCUACGUGAGCAACGAUGACAUCCGAGGUGUAUUCCUGGCACAGGCCCUAGCCGUGAUUCUGAUUUCUGUUUCACCCAACCUUGUAUCCCUGGCCAUGACACGGCCUUUCGACAACUACUUUGGCCUCUGGUGGUUCCCCGAGCAAUGGAAUGAAGAUGAAGAUGUCCAUUUCCCUCUCGACAAGUUUUUGCGUCGCACUAAUGCCCACCCAGAAGGCAAACUAUAUCUUCAGAAUCUCCGCGACGUGUAUAUCAUCAACGAAUUCCCAUGCCUCAUGAAUGUCCACGACAACUAUUACCGCACAGACUUCAUGGGUUGCCUUCCACUUUUCGAUCGGUUGCCAGCCAUCGAAUCUGUCGGCAUUGAUCUUUUAGACGUGGAUGACAAUGGAAGACAGGACAUUGAGCACAUGACUUCCAAUAUAAGCAGAAUCCGGGUCAACCAUUCUUCUUUGCACCCGGUUUACCUGGCGAGGUUGUUAUACGCAUCCAAGGUAAUUCGGGAGUUCCAGUAUACCAUUGGCGGUCGAGCUCCCGGAGGCCACGGCCAUCAAUUCUUCACACCUAUACCUGUCUUCAAGGUGCUUUGCGAGCACAAGGAUACUCUAGAAAAGCUGGAUCUGGACGUUGAAAGCCAUCUUUCGAUAUUUCAAAGCCGGUAUGACAGCAAUAUUGAGGAUCAUUUCUCAGAAAUCAACCCAGAGUGGCUUGCGGAUGAAGAAGAGGAACCCCAUGAGUUCCAAUUUCUCACAUCAAUCUGGAAACACGAGGGAUCACUCAGGGACUUUGGAGCUCUGAGAUCUUUGAGCAUAGGCAUUGGGCUCUUGCUUUACUAUGCCAAAGGUGUGUAUGUCAGCCCUGACAACAAACGAAGACCAUUCAUGUUGGUAGACUGUCUGCCGGAAAAUCUGGAAUACUUGUACAUCCGAGGAUACGAAAGAGGGCUCAAUGUCAACUGGGACAUCCAAAUGGACCAUCUGUUUGCAUAUUAUAAGUCGGGGAACUCGAAAUUGAAAGUGCUCGUGGGAAUAGAGAAGAUGAUUCCUAAUGCCGAGGACUUGGAGGAACCGAUCAGACCUAAAUCUCUGAGGUGGACAUUAGAGAAAAUUGGGUAUGAAUCAGAUGAAGGCUAG